UGUGGAGGGCUGCCAGCUGAGAGGAGCGCAGUUUGUCUUCAGAUAGUUCGAUCGAUAUUUUAUUGAUCCCGAAGGAAAGUGGGGCAAGAAAGCGGCCGAACAGGCGGGUUCCAGAGCAGAAGAGGAGAGGAGGAGACCGUCCGAGACUGUCCUGCGUGGCUGUGGAGGCUCUGCUCCGGGAUCAGCGAGCCGGACAUGGUGAUGAAUCCUCACGACCUGAGACGAUGACCUGUGUGCCUCUCCUGCUCUGUCUCAGUUUGCUGCUUCACUCAGCAUUCCCUGCCCAUCCUCCUGCGCCGGUUAACCUCCGUGUCAACUCUCUGAACUUCCAUCACAUCCUCCGGUGGGACCCUGGGUCCGGCACCCCCCCUGGGACAGAGUACGGGGUCUUUCUGAGAAAUGAUCAAGAGAGCUGGGACCAGCUGUCCAUCCUAACAGCUGAAACAUCGAUGAGGGUGGUGCUACCAUUCCCUGAUUCUAAGUAUUAUCUGUUCGUCCAGGCGUUCUACAACCAAACCUCGUCUCCACGGUCCAAAAUUUGCACAUUCAGCCCUUAUGCAGAAACUAAAAUAGGUCCUCCACAGUUCUCACUGGCUGGAUUCGAAAACUCCAUCCGGAUCAACAUUUCGAUGCCUCAGGCUGACGGGAUGUCAGGUGUUCAUGAUAUCCAGGAUUAUUACUUUGCGGAUUUCAAAAUCUCAUAUAGGAGAGGAAAAGAUGGAAAGGUAAUGGAGUUGUUAACACAGAGCAAAAAUGUAACCCUUGAGAAUCUGAAGAGAGGGGAGGAGUACUGCGUGCAGGUGAUGCUGAAGAUUAACAUGAAUGAACACACCCAGCCGUCGGCCUGGAAGUGCACCUUUACGACCCCGGUGGACCUGCAGGGAGGCCUCAUUUCAGGCAUGGUUACCGGCAUCCCCAUCGCUGUCAUCUUCAUCCUGACAAGCUGCCUGAUCGUCCUCUUCUACGCUGGAGUCAUCUGCAAACUGAGGGAAGCUGUGCCCAGAGCAUUAAGAACGGCUCUAACCAAAGGCUACAUCCUGACCCCAGAGCCUACGAUCCCAGAUCUGAUCAUCGUUUCCUCAGGGAACGGAGAGCCUAACAACCCCGCGACGUCACCUUCUGCUGACAGGGACGCUGACUCAGAGGAUGAUGAUGACGAUGACGAUAAGCACUAUGUGAACAGAGGAGCAGGGCUUUCCUCGGGGGAAAGUUCCCACGCUGAUUCUGGUAGCAUGUCGAUGAACAGUGAGUCAGCAGCGGCGCUGGACCCUGAAAGUUCGAGGUUAUUCGCUGAGGUGAAGGUGAAGGCGCUGCCAGCAGAGUUUGAAGAACAGGUGGAGGCGGAGGGAGCGGACGGUUGUUGGGUGAAAGAGAGGGAUCAAAAAGUCUGGGGACAAUGUCGGGACGAGGAGGGGGUGAAGGAGGAUGAGGUGCCGCCGGACACCUCCAGCAAUGUCAACCUGUUCUCAGUCACCCUCGCUUCAAUGGCUGCACAUGAUGAAGAGGAGGAGGAGACGAUAGCAGACUCAUCAAUAGAGUCCAGACUGGAGUGUUUGCCUGCCACAGACUCACAAACUGAGUCAGGUGAUCACCCGACACCUCAGGUACUGUCGACAUGCAGAGACUUUACUGAAGGCAGGUGCACCGACACGUUCACGGAGGAGGAGGAGGAAGAGGAAGAGGAGUUCUCACUGUAUUUGAGAAACAGAUGAUACAUUGCUGUGACAUGUGCUGCUUUAUCAUUCCUUCUUUCCAGGAGGUACAUUCCUUUCUUAUGAAAGGAAACGGGUACCUGAAAUAUUUAAAUGAGGUUUUCACUGCAGGUACAAACACCUGAACAGAGUCAUGCUGCAGGUCUGCAGAGAAACCAGCCAGAUUAUCUCUGACAUUUUGAUUCUUGUUGCUGACAGUGAUGUACUUUAUACGGCGACCAUCAAACUGACGCUGUCACACAGGUUGCAGACGCCUUUUAUAUGUGUAAAAAUUAAAUA